CUCCGUCCUCCGCUGCGGCGACCUGAGCUCAGCAUCAUAAGGUCACCGUCGAUCCAACCAACUACCCAAACAAUCACCUCAACCCCACACACAUCCGGCCUUCAAGAUGGUGUUAGAAGCUUCUAUGAUAGUCGUUGACAACAGCGAAGCUAGUCGAAAUGGCGAUUAUGUACCCUCGCGAUGGGAAGCACAACAGGACGCCGUGAACAUGAUCUUCUCCGCAAAGACUGGUGCAAACCCAGAGUCAUCCGUCGGUCUCAUGAGCAUGGGAGGCAACACCCCAGAGAUCCUCACGACCCUGACAACGGACAUUGGCAAGGUGUUGGACGGUCUGCACCGGACAAAGAUAAAGGGCAGCUCACACUUCGUGACUGGCAUCAAUGUCGCGGCUUUGGCUCUCAAGCACAGACAGAACAAGUCGCAGAAGCAGCGGAUAGUCAUGUUCAACUGCAGCCCCAUCGAGGAGGACGAGAAGAACCUGGUGAAGCUGGCAAAGAAGAUGAAGAAGAGUGGUAUCAGCAUCGACAUCAUCGCAUUCGGCGAGCUCAGCGACGACACCACGCGGAAACUCCAGGCCUUUAGCGACAACGUACAAAGCGCUGAAGGCUCCUACCUUGCCACCAUUCCACCCAGCGCGAACCUGCUCAGCGACUCGUUGAUCACAACACCUAUAGUUGGCGGAGAGGGUGCAUCCAAUGCUGGUGGAGACAGCGGUUCUGGAGGCGGAGGCGGCGGUGCUUCCGGCGGCAACGACUUCGAGUUCGGCGUAGAUCCGUCGGUCGACCCCGAGCUCGCAUUGGCGCUGAGGAUGUCUUUCGAGGAAGAGAAGGCACGGCAGGAAAAGGACAAGAAGACGAAGGAGGCGGCCGAGGGCAAGUCGGAGCUCGAGCCGGUGGCUGAGGGCGACGAGAAACAGCCGCUGCUGGACAGCUCAGGUCAGCCUGGUGGAAGCGGCAGCAAGGACAAGAAGGACGACGACCCAGACAAGAUGGACACGGCAUAAGCGGACAUAGCGCAGCUAGGAAGAGGAACGUCUUGAUGCUUCAAGAGGGAGCAGGAGUAUUCACGGCGUCUACUGUAUGACUAGAGCUGGUGUCUACCGCACGGCACGCAUGAAAUGAAGCAAAUAA